UGAGACACAUCUUUCUGUUGCCCAGCAGUGUGCAACUCCUCCUCCUCAGCUGUGGUGUUGAUAGAUACUAAUACCACAAAGGCAAUACCACAUACAGGGUUCUCCCAGGGAUCUUUUUUAACAAAGAGGUGCUACUGAGUACAGCGGGAUGGAGGACAUUUCCUGCACUCUAAAGCAAAGAAAUACUCCAUUCAGGUGUGGUGCCAGGCCUUAAAUUAUUACAAAUGUUUUUUUAAAUGACAGUGGCGCAACCAGUCCACAAGGUGGCGUAGUGCAACUCUUCCAUUCUGUGAGGAGAACCCGGACAUAGAAACAUUAUAUGGACUAGUCAUGGCUUCUGUUCGGUUGUCCAGGUCUCAGAGAUUCUUCAAGAACUUCUCUCUGAUCCUCCUGAGUGGAUCCGUCUCUCUGCUCCUGUGGGCCGCUCUCAGACGCCCGCCGGUCUCUGACAGGAGUCCUCUCCCCGCUCUGGACCUCCUGCCCCUGGACUACGCUGCCGACCUGCCGGCCUGCUCAGCCAUCAUCCAGGGAGACCUGCAGGGUCUGGAGAGGAAGCAGCUCAGCCUCCUGCUGAAGACCAUGAAGAAACAGCAGCUGCUGUCAGAGGCCUUCUACCACAACGUGACUCAGGACUGUCAGAGGUACAUCACAGAAAGAGAGUUCAUCAGUGUUCCUCUCAGUCAGGAAGAGAAGGAGUUCCCCAUCGCCUACUCCAUGGUCAUACACGACAAGAUUGAGAUGUUUGAGCGGCUCCUGCGUGCCCUGUACACUCCUCAGAACGUGUACUGCGUCCACAUCGACCAGAAGUCAUCGGAGGCCUUCAGGACGGCAGUGAGGGCCAUCGUGUCCUGUCUGACUAAUGUGUUUGUGGCCAGUAAGUUAGAGAGUGUGGUAUACGCCUCCUGGUCCAGAGUGCAGGCUGAUCUGAACUGUAUGGAGGAUCUCCUGAAGUCACCUGUCCAGUGGAGGUACCUGAUCAACACCUGUGGAACAGACUUCCCCAUUAAGACCAACGCUGAGAUGGUUCAGGCCCUCAAGCUGCAGAACGGUAGGAACAGCAUGGAGUCAGAGACCACCGACGACUAUAAAUACAGCAGAUGGCAGUUUCACCACAAAAUCACCAGCAACGUGGUGGUCAAGACGAACGUCAGGAAGAGCCCUCCUCCAAUCAGCACCCCUAUGUUUUCUGGCAACGCCUACUUCCUGGUGUCCAGGGCCUUUGUCCGUCACGUGAUGGAGUCUCAGGAGGUCCGGGCGCUGUUGGAGUGGGAGAAGGACACCUACAGUCCUGAUGAACACCUGUGGGCCACCCUGCAGCGCAUGCCCUCUGUGCCAGGAUCUAACCCUCCGCACAUCAAGUACCAUGAAUCAGACAUGAACGCCAUUGCGCGCAUUGUGAAGUGGCGUCCCCUGGAAGGAGAGGUGAGGAACGGAGCCCCAUAUCCACCCUGCUCGGGUGUCUACAGGAGGUCCAUUUGUGUCUACGGGGCUGGAGAUCUCAGGUGGCUCCUACAACAUCACCACCUCAUCGCUAACAAGUUUGACCCUGAGGUGGAUGAUGUGGCUAUCAGGUGCCUGGAGUCGUACCUGCGCUUCAAAGCUACAUACCGUGUUUCACGAAGGACAGUGGAAUCUGAGAGGAUCUUACAAAAACUAUGAAAUGUUAAAAGUUGUAAAUAUGUUAAUGUACAUUUAUUUUAAAUAUGUUUUGAAAUGUUGUAUAUUUCUGAUGGUACUGUUGUACAUACAGUAACAUAGGUUUUAUUUCAAAUAUACCUACUGUGUAGUUCUGAUUGUACUGUGUAGUUCUGAUGGUACUGUGUAGUUCUGAAUGUACUGUGUAGUUCUGAUUGUACGGUGUAGUUCUGAUUGUACGGUGUAGCUCUGAUUGUACUGUGUAGCUCUGAUUGUACUGUGUAGUUCUGAUUGUACUGUGUAGUUCUGAUUGUACUGUGUAGUUCUGAUUGUACUAUGUAGUUCUGAAUGUACUGUGUAGUUCUGAUUGUACUAUAUAGUACUGAUUGUACUGUGUAGUUCUGAUUGUACUGUGUAGUUCUGAUUGUACUAUGUAGUUCUGAAUGUACUGUAUAGUUCGAUUGUACGGUGUAGUACUGAUUGUACUGUAUAGUACUGAUUGUAUUGUGUAGUUCUGAUUGUACUGUGUAGUUCUGAUUGUACUGUAUAGUUCUGAUUGUACUGUGUAGUUCUGAUUGUACUGUAUAGUACUGAUUGUAUUGUGUAGUUCUGAUUGUCCUGUGUAGUUCUGAUUGUCCUGUGUAGUUCUGAUUGUCCUGUGUAGUUCUGAUUGUACUGUGUAGUUCUGAUUGUCCUGUGUAGUUCUGAUUGUAUAUUCCAGACAUACAUGUAUUUCUUCCUGUGCUCUGUAUUUAUGACAGCAGUCUAGUGGAAUGACUAGUCUAACUGAACACAGCAUUUUGGUAUACACAAAGUUAGUUACACCUUAACUAUAAACUGGGUAGUUCGAGCCCUGAAUGCUGAUUGGCUGACAGCCGUGGUAUAUCAGACCGUAUACCACAGGUAUGGCAAAACAAGUAUUUUUAAAUAUAUAAUAAUAAUAUAUAUAUAUGCC